GGGUCAGAAGCCACCAUGCUGAGGGCGGCGUGGAGGGCGCUGAGUUCGAUUCGGACCCAGGCAGUGACUCAGGCCCCAGUCCUCGGGCUGCUGGGUGGAGGGUGCGCCAAGCUUCUCUCCAUCCAGCGGGACCUUCGCUCAAGUCCUGGAGGUCUUAUCCUCUGGGCCACCCGCAGAUAUGCCACCCAGACACCAGUCCAGCCCAGCCAUGAAGAUGACCUGUCCCCUUCUAUGCUGCUCAAGGACUACCAGGACAUCCCUGGAAUUGAGAAGGUUGAUGAUGUCGUGAAAAAACUCUUAUCUUUGGAAAUGGCCAACCAGAAAGAGAAGCUAAAAAUCAAGAAAGAGCAGUUGAUGAACAAGGUCGUGGAAAAGCCUAAGGACACCAGCUCCCUGGAGGCUCGAAUUGUUGCGUUGACUGUCAAGAUCCGCAGUUGUGAAGAACACAUGAAGAAACAUCGAAAGGACAAAGCCCACAAGCGCUAUCUGAUGAUGAGCAUUGACCAGAGGAAAAAGCUGCUCAAAAACCUCCGCAAGACCAACUAUACUGUCUUUGAGAAGACAUGCAGGGAGCUGGGGAUUGAGUACACCUUUCCCCCUCUGUACUACUGAAAAACCCACCGCCGCUGGGUGACCAAAAAGGCUCUGUGCAUUCGGGUUUUCCAAGAGGCUCAAAAGCUGGAGAAGCAAAACAGGGCCUUAAAAGCUGCAGCUGCAGCAGUCCGGAAACAAGUCCAGAAGAACCCAGAGAGCCCUUCCAAAACUGGACCAGAGGCAAUCAAAGAAAACCAAUAAAUGUUAAAAUUAAAAAAAAAAAAAAAAA